UCUCCCACACACACACACACACACACACACAGAGAGAGAGAGACAGUACCAUGUGACUGUCGGUAACACACACACACACACACACUCACACACACACACACACACACAUAGUUUUCAUGUCUGUAAAGAUGCAGUGGUUUAAACAGGGUCUGUGUUUGCUGCCCGUGUUUCUCGUCAUCUGCUCCUCCAGCACUUUCAUCAUCUCAUACGUGGUCGCUGUUUUCAGACAUGAUGUCGAUGUCAUCUUUCCAUACAUAAGUGACACUGCAGCGCAGCCUCCUGAGAGCUGCAUCUUUGGUCUGAUGACGUUCAUCUCUGCCUGUGCAGGAAUCGCCACCAUCUAUGUGAGAUAUAAGUUUGUGGAGCGGCUGAGUGAGGACACACUGGUGGCGUCUCCAUGUCUUAAUAAAAUGGCUCUGGUUUUAGGGAUGCUCUCCUGCCUGGGCAUGUGCAUUGUUGCAACUUUCCAGGAAACGGCGGUGGUGGAAGUUCAUGACGUGGGAGCUCUGCUCUUCUUUGUCUCUGGUGUUUUAUACACAAUCGUCCAGGUUGUCCUCUCCUAUCACAUUUAUCCGUUUGGAUCCUCGUCGUGUGUGUACCGUGCACGUGUGGUCAUCGCCGUCCUCGCUGCUUUGGCUCUUUUCCCCACUGUGAUUUGUGCGUUCUUUGUGAAACCGACGACGCUGCAUCGACACACAGACGACAAGGAUUAUCCUUUCCAUCUGGCCAGUGCCGCGUUUGAGUGGGUCGUCGCCUUCAGCUUCGUCUUCUUCUUCCUCACGUACAUCGACGAUUUCAAACUUUUCACUUUACACGUAAGAACGGAGCUUGAGGGAUAACGAGGAGCAUUUGUGGAGGUGCUGCUGAUGACGAGGUUCUUCUUUUGCCGUGUGUCAUGAGUUUCACUGCAUUUUGAGACUCAUCGUUCCCACUGCGUUCCCUCGAUGAUCACUUUCGCAACCUUUGCACUCUUGACUCUGGGCCACAGCAGCGUGACACUGUGGACUCGUGGCAAACUUAUGACACGUUGUGCUUCUGGUUUCUCUUUCCUGUUUCCUGCUGGUCAGAGCUGAUGUGAAAAUGUUAAAUUAUAAACCACUGAAACUGUACAUAGGUGCUCGUUUUAUACCCAGCGGGGAAUUGUUAUGCAGAUGCUGCCAAUUCCUUAACACAAGUAUUUUAUUUUUAUAAAUGUAUUUUUUUGUACCUGUUUUAUUUCUUUGCAUUAACGUACUGUGGUGACGACACUUUAAGGAGGAAAAGCUCCUUAAAUUCACAUUUUUAUUCUGCUGUGGUGCAGGUUACUCUGUAAUUCCUGUUAAACACACGAGGCUGGAAUCACUGCCUCAGAUACAUAAUAUCCAUAUAUAUAUAUAUAUAUAUAUAUAUAUAUAAA